CUUCAUUUGUCAUUGAGUGCUUUUACAAUACAUAUCAGUAGACACCGCAAAAUUGCUGAGAAAUCUGUAGAAAACUUUAAUUGUUACUUUUAACUAAUCUUAUAGUAAAAUUAUUAUGACAUAAGAACAAGCUAUGAUAAUAAUGGGCAAACAGUCACAGCCAGUACGAGAUCUUGGUUUAAGCUUGAAAAAUAAUAAAUAUAACGAAAUUAAGGAGCAGUGUUUGUGAAUACCGGAAAACAUGCAAAGGUUACAUUUAAUGGUGUUCUUAUGUUAUAUAGGUUUCAUUUAUUUCCUAUUAAUCGAUAUGGGAAGUGCGAACAAAACUAUCGGACACAAAAGACAGAGAAGAUAUCUAGUUUUGAGGAACACAUCGAAGGUUUUUUGGAGACUAAACUUUAAAGCUAACAUGGUACCGUGGAACCAAAUAUUCGCCCAAGCUCUUGGGUUCCGAAUGAAUUGGGAUGAUCCACCGGAAACGUUCCAGACUUUCCAUAGACACAGGCUUUACAGGCGAACUGUAUACAGCAACUUGGAACUAUUAAUAGACAAAAAUGGACUGAAUGGCUACCACUGCGUGCGGCGGGCGAUUUGCGAAAUGGCAGCGUUGUCUGAAGCGAGCGGGCUAUAUUGCAAAAUUUUGAAAAUGAUAUUCAGGCGACAGUCCUCAGAUACAGACAAGUGGCACAAGGAUCUCACCAAAGAAGAAUGUGCAAGAUCAUUCAAUUCCUGCCCAUUCUCUUUUUUGGAUGUUUCGACGUACACAGACCUUUGAUUUUGAAAAUAAACUUGAGUUGCCAUCG